AUGAGGGUAACCACAGCUUCCCAACACCCUUACUACCCAACAUCAUCCCUCCCCAACACCCGUCCCCUCGACACCUCCUCUCCCCAACAUCUCCGCUCCCCAACACCCCCGCUCCUGGACACCUCGUCUCCCCAACAUCCCCGUUCCUCAACACCCCCGCUUCUCGACACCACCUCUUCCCAACACCCAUUCUCCUCGACACCUCCUCUCCCCAACAUCCCUCUCCUCGACACCUCGUCUCCCCAACAUCCCUGCUCCCCAACACCCCGCUCCUCGACACCACCUCUUCCCAACACCCCUCUUCCCAACACUCAUUUUCCUCGACACCUCCUCUCCCCAACACCCCCUCACCAACACCCCCUCUCCUCGACACCCACCUCUCCCCAACACCCUCUCCCCCGACACUCUCUCCCCACAUCCCAUCUCCCUGACAUCCCUUCUCCCCACCCCCUCUUCCUAACACCCUUCUCCCCACCUCCUCUCCCCCGACACCUCACUCCCCGAAACCCCCUCUCCCCACACAUCCUCUCCCAACACCCCCUCUCCCCGACACCUCUCUCCCUGACUGCCCCAUUCCCCACACCGCCUCUCCCAACACCCCCUUUCCCCGACACCCUCUCCCUGACUGCCCCCAUUCCCCACACCGCCUCUCCUAACACCCCUUUCCCCGACACCUCCCUCCCCGACACCCCUCUCCCCACACCCCCUCUCCCCCCGACACCUCCCCUUCCCCGACACCCCCUCUCCCCACACUGUCUCUCCCCACAUCGCCUCUCCCCACAUUUCCGCUCCCUAGCACCCCCUCUCCCCAUCACAUCACCCUCUCUCCAACAUUCCCGCUCCCCUGCUUUCCUACAUCCACGCUCUCAAAAUCUUCUCUUGAUGCCGAUAUAUCUGCAAUGA